UUUUUUUGUAUACAGUACAAGUAGGCUAUAAAACAAAAGGGCCAGUAGGUGGCAGUUCCACACACACACCUGAGCACACAGGUAUGACGUGGCACGUCAGUAAUGUAUGUGUGCUGAUCAGAGGAUACACGGCAAGAUGGACGGAGACACUGGGAAGAUGCGUGUAAUGGUGACAGGUGGCAGUGGUUUGGUGGGCAAAGCCAUCCAGCAGGUGUUACAGGAGGAAGGAGGAAGAGAAGGAGAAGAAUGGGUCUUUCUUUCAUCCAAAGACGCCAACCUAUUGGAUGUAGCUGAGACAAGAGCUGUGUUCCAGAAGCAUCGCCCAACACAUGUCAUUCAUCUGGCAGCCUUGGUGGGCGGCCUCUUUAAAAACAUGAGGGAGAACCUUAGCUUUUGGCGAAGCAACAUCUACAUCAAUGACAACGUUCUGCAGACGGCUCACGAGUUCGGCGUGCAAAAAGUCGUGUCCUGCCUGUCCACCUGCAUCUUCCCACAGAAUACCACGUACCCCAUCGAUGAGACUAUGGUCCACAAUGGUCCUCCUCAUGAUUCUAACUUUGGAUAUUCUUAUGCUAAACGAAUGAUUGACGUCCACAACCGGGCGUAUUUCGAGCAGUCUGGACGACUGUACACCGCUGUAAUCCCUACAAACGUCUUCGGUCCCCACGACAACUUCAACAUAGAGGACGGCCAUGUUCUCCCAGGACUUAUACACAAGACCUACAUAGCAGAAAGAGAAGGGACAGCGCUGCAGGUCUGGGGUUCUGGCCGUGCACUACGGCAGUUUAUUUAUUCCCUCGAUUUGGCUCGACUCUUUCUCUGGGUACUCCGAGAAUAUAAUGAGGUCGAACCAAUCAUAUUGUCAGUUGGCCCGGAGGAUGAAGUGUCUAUCAAGGAAGCUGCAGAGGCAGUGGUUAAAGCUUUUGAGUUUAAAGGAAAAGUUAUUUACGAUACAAGUAAAGCAGACGGGCAGUUCAAGAAAACAGCCAGCAACGCAAAACUCCGCAAGUACCUUCCCGACUUCACCUUCACUCCUUUCCACAAAGCCAUCAAAGAGACCUGUGAUUGGUUUGUUGCCAAUUACGACAUCGCUCGCAAGUGAGGACCGCCGAAGAACGAAACCUCUUCAUGUAGGAACCUGGAUCACAAAUGUUAGACCAACUGCACUAUUGUAGAACUUGUAUCGAGGAAUUAUUUUUAUUUGAAGAACAAUGUAACUGUAAUGGAUUAGUGGGGACUUGACAAUGAGGUUACUGGAAAAAAAUUACGGCAGGGAGUUACGACUGGUUAGACGUGUGUUAAUUCAAAUGGCGUACAAAUCCCCCCGUUGUUGCCAAGAAAUGUCUAUGAAUUGAAUACAACCAUUAGAAACCCUUCCUUAUCAUCCUGAAGACUGUUACAAAGCGCUGGCAUCGGAGACUCCUUCCAGCUAUGCGGUCUUUUUUUACAAAGAAAUAUCCAUCGUAUAAACUCUCACAACAAUGAGCUCGAAUCAAAGACGUGAACCUACAGCUGUCCGAUCGGAUUCAAGAAUCCGACGACACUGUGGCACGUCGUUACAUUUAAGUGCAGUGCUAUAAUUGUUUUUUUAUGUACGCAUACCGUAAUUUUUGGAUUUACAUAUUACCUCCUGCCUUGUAUAUCAGGAAUGCAAACAACCAGGUAACCGUGUAACCACUCGUCAUAUCUGUAGUGAAGAAAGCGACACACUUGUCUCGUUACUUAAUCUUCAAACCAAAUGUAAUCGUUUUACGUUACAAGGGGUAGGGAUUCAUAUAUAACAAACAAUGAGGAGGCGGAAAUCGGGACAUUGUGCAUCCUCUCUAGGCCCUGGUUUAUCAUUUGUUGCAUUAGAAAAUAAUAAGCAACAUUAAUGCUAUGUUUUUACAUUAAAAAUACAAGGUGGCAUCAAAAAGUUUCGAGAUUAGUUUUGUAACCCGCCAACAGAUGGCAGCACAAGGCUGCACGCACAGUCACACGGAGCACCGUCCUUCAUAAGUCAUAAUGCGAUGUGUGUGUGAACGUAGAUCAAUAAAACUCAAAACAUUUUGAUACCACCUUGUAUACUAAGGUCCUUUGUAAUUAAAAUUGGUGAGCAUUAUUUUAAGGCUCAGUCGAUUCUUUAAAAUCAGUUCAUCUACCAGACUCUUUUUUUCUUACUGAUAUGUUUUAGGGUAAAUAUUAUAUGAUAAUAUAUGAUCAGGUCUGAUGAGCCAUGUCUUUUUGUUUGUUUUUUUUUGACCAAAUUAAUCUUUUUGGGGGAUUUUUUUUGUGGAAUGUUAACAUUCAAAUGUGAUUUUACAGAUUGUAGAUUAAAUCUGUAUAUACAAAA